CACUCGGAACAGCACCCACCGUUCCAGCAGGAAGUCAGCCAGCAAAGUCACACAUGCUUCCUGUUACCGUUGCGCGCGUUCCGCUCUAACCAUCAUCGUCGUCGUCGUCAUUUUGACACAUUGAGAGCGAGAGAGAAUCCGAGUGCUCUAUGAUAGAGGAUCCAACUUGUCGCCGCUCGAGAGGAGAAAAGAUUACCAUUCCGUCCCGUGGCUCCAUUUAGUCGUCAGGUCGGUCUAGCGGAAAGAAGCAACAAAACGAUAGCAGCAAGCAUUUACAGACACUGCCUGGUGUUAUGUGUGUUGUUAUUCUUCGCAUUGACGGAAAAAUAAGCAAGUUGAAAAGUAGGAAAUAGGCGAAGAGAGUUAGUUUAAAGUGAUAAGAGAACUCCGAACUCAUAUUUCGUUGUGCGUUUUGUGCACCAAUUGUCAGCAACAGUCGGAGUGUGCUGUGCUCAUCAUGCUAAUGGUGAACGCAAACCUCAAGGAGAAAAUGCUUCGGUUCCAGAUACCGAGCGAGUUGAAGGACGAUCUCGUGUACUGCCAACGAUCUUUACGUCACUUCGUCAAAGUGCAUCAGCUUCUGGCAUCGAAACUAUCGAAUGAAUUGACACAGAGUCAGGUCACAAAACUGAAGCAGUACCUGCUCGAGCUGGAAGCGGAAAUGGUGGAAAUUGGUAACGAGCAGCGACCGCUGAUACAAGAAUUGGACGCGCAGGUUCGCAGCUAUCUCAAGCAGCUUUACAGCUCCGCGGAUCUAGAGGAAAUCGAGAUGGCCUUCGGUUACGUGAGUCGGGCGCUAUCCGUUCACUACGAGAUGUCGUUCAACACGAAAUACAGUCCACGCAAUGUGACAGAGCGCCUGACCGAGACCCAACUGGCGCACAAGUAUGAGCUUGCCUCUUUCGACGAGGCCCGACCGAAGAAGGAGAAAGAUGAAUCCCAGAGCAGUACCGAUUCGUCAAUUUCUCCGACAACAAUCAGAAAUCAGAAACAGAUCUCUCUGCUCAAGCCGAAGGAGGAACGCGUUGGUCCGGCGAGCAAACCCGCCGUUAGUUCCACCGUCCCUCCCUUCAACAAUAUCACAUUCUCGAACGCCAAGGCUCUUGUCAAUGAGCAGGUGUUGAAGAAGAUCGCCCCAGAGGCGAUCGUGGUGCCCAAGAAACUCAUCAAAAUACUGCCCAAGUCCGAGCCCAUUCCACGACCAAUUCCAAAACUGCCGGAAAUCGUUACAUCACCCGUCAAGCAAGAGCAAGACGAUUAUGAGCCGCAAGAACUGCCCGCUACGGUUGCCAUCAAGAAGAGUCGUCUGAAUUUGCUCCAGGCGCUGAACAAAGCCAAAAAUAGCUGCAAUUUGUCGCAAAGUCAGCCCGAGGAGCAACCGAAGUUUGCGACUGUUUCCCCACGCCAUAAGGGUAUUACCAAGGUCAAAAGCGAUCCACUUCCAGUAACCAGCAAGCGUGCCUCCAGUGGAGCUUCCUCCGAUUCGUCGGCAAACUCCCGCUCGUCUACCCCGAUCUCGACCAAAGCGUCGGAUGAUUCCUCGGCCGAUCGUACCCCACCCGGUCCAAUUGAAGAUUACGUCGAGCCACAGCCAACCGAUAUUGCUGAGUUGGAGCAACCGGUGUUUCUCAAGUUUUUCGGGCUCCUCACGCUCGAGGAAAGCAAAGCGCUGGCAACCCGUAAAACCGAACGUAAGCGUCGCAGCUGCAACAGCACCGAGCGGAAGGACUUCCAUUACGGUAAAAUCGAUUACUACGAACAGCAGUCGCAUCACAUCACCCGCCGGAGGAACAAGCGCCCGAUUCUAUACUCGCCCCCAGCGACACGAGGCGUUAAAAAGCGCAAGCAUUUCGAUACGAUCGCCGCCACAACCGGUGCCGGCACGACGACAGCACGAUCCGCCUCGGGCUCAUCUGGAUCCUCUCCGUCAUGCAGUGCGGCGGCGGCGACUGCUGCAACAGCAUCAGCAGGGACACGCGUUGCGGCCGGCGAUAGCUCCAAGUUGGUGCUAGCGGAGUUGGAGAGUAAGACCUGUAUCGUUUGUAACAAGUCAGGUUCCGCCGAUAGUUUGAGCGCCUGCGUGUACUGCUGCAACAUCUACCAUCUGCGCUGCCACAGCAAUAGCAUUUUCAAUCCCCAGCUUCUCCGCCAGCGGGACAACAUCUGUCCGGUGUGUUUGCAGAAGAAACAACAGGAUGCGGUCGCGAUGCAGAAUCACCAGCGGGAUCAAGCAGUCUUGAAGCGUCUACUGUUGCGCAAUGCCCUGCAGAAGGCCCGCAACGAGGAGUUGCUGCGGCGCAAACAGGAUCUGGAGAAGAAGUAUAACGCGAAGCAGCAAGUACGAACGCGGCUGCUACAUCAGGAACGAGCGACACGGGACCAAUUGGCGCAGCUGAUUAAUAACGUUCGUACGUUGCGUCACGAGCAGUGAGAGUACCGAUAACGAGAUACAUCUAUCGACAGACAGUACAGUACAAACCCAUUUGCACUUUUCCAUAUGCGCGAAUUUUGGUGCAUCCCCUCCGUCCAUUAUUCAUAUUUUCUUUUAUGUUUUAUUCGUUCUCUUUUCGUUUCUCGUUUUGUUGACACUUUAUUGUUUGUAAUUAUGAUUACUAUUUUUUUGGGUUUUCCUUUUGGGAGCCACCUGAUUGAAGAUGGAAUUCAUAUCGGGCGUGAACAUCUUGUAUGUUCAAAUGAAUAAAAUAUUAUAAUGUUAGUUAUUCGUUAAUUAUAAAUUCACAUUGA